AUGGCUCAGGUAGGAAACGACGAGAGGUUCCACAAUAUGGAAACCAGAGAUACCGUUGAGUCCAGAGACACCGUUGAGUCCAGGUCUAACGAUGAGAAGGCCCAGUCAGAGGCUUCCCAUGACUUGAACAGAACGUACUCUACCAACUCCACUGAAUCAGACCAUUCUGCUACCGCUGUGAAGUCGUUUGGUGUUCGUCGCUCGGAGUUGAUCAUGGGCCAGAUGACAACCUGGUGGAGCAAGGGCUUCUUCUUCUUCACCAUCUUCAUCUGCAUGUACAUUGCCCUGAUGGAAAGUAACGCUCUUAGGGUGUUUACCGGUUAUGCUACUGAUUCUUAUAAGCAGCACUCGCUUAUGUCUACUAUUGCAACCAUUCGUGGUGUAGUGGCUGCUGCUUCGUUGCCUUUCUACGCUAGAAUGUCUGAUACUUUUGGCAGAUUCGAAUUGUUCCUCGUCGCUAUUGUUUUCAGAAUUGUCGGUGUUAUUAUUCAAUCCCAGGCUACAGAUGUUCAGAAGUAUGCUGCUGGUGUGGUGUUGUAUGGAUUCGGUGUUGCAGGUAUGAGAAUCUUGUUGCAGAUCAACUUGUCCGAUGCUUCCACCUUGAAGUGGAGACUUGUUGCCAUUGGUGUUCUCAGUAUGACCAGUAUCAUCACGACAUGGUCGAGUGGUGAAGUUGUGGAGUCGCUUUUGGCUAACAACGGCUGGCAGUUUGGUAUUGCCAUGUGGGCUUUCACCACACCUCUUGUGUGCCUUCCAUACCUUCUUUUCUUCCUUUUCUUGAUCAUCAAGGCUUCUAGAACUGAAGCAUGGCAACAUAUCAAGGAAGAACAGAGAGCUGCUUUCAUUGCCAACAACGAAAAGGCAAAGAGAUACGAUGACGAGAUCAACCAAAGCACUGGCAUGUCAGGCAGAUUGGCUGCCCAAAUGAAGUACUUUGGUGUCCGUUCUGUGGAAACCUUUUAUGACAUUUUCUGGAGAGUUGAUUUUGUCGGAUGUCUCUUGAUCGCUGUUGUCUUCGGUCUUAUCUUGGUUCCUUUGACCUUGGCCGGUGGUACUCACUCUAAAUGGCAGCAGGCCUCCACCAUUGUGCCAUUGGUCAUUGGUUUCUGCUCUAUUGGUCUUUUCGUUAUUUGGGAGACCAAGAUUACAAAGAGACCAAUGCUUCCAUUCAAGGUGAUGAAGAACAGAGGUGUUUGGGCCGCUUUCUUGGUGGGUAUCUUCAGUACUUUGAUUUCCUCCAUGCCUAACGGUUACUCUUACCCUGUAUUGCUCGUGGGUAUGAACGCUUCUGAGACUGUCGCUACUCGUACUGGUCAAUUGAACGGUUUUGUUGAGGCCAUCACCAUGCCUAUCUUGGGUUACGUCUUGACUAAGGUCAGAAGAACCAAGGGCUUCAUUGUCUUCGGUAACUGUGUCAUGUUCAUUGCAAUGGGUUUGUUCGUUCACUUCAGAGGUUCUAACGACGGUUACCGUGCCAAGUACUUCCGUGACGGUGUGGCCAUCAGUAUGUGUCUUAUGGGUUUUGCUCAAGUCUUUUUCAACAGAGUGGUGUUUGUUUCCAUUCAGGCUUGUACUAACCAUGAGUACAUGGCUAUGGUUACUUCUCUUUUCGCAGCCUUCUACCAGAUCGGUGCUGCUAUUGGUAGUGCUAUCUCCGGUGCCAUCUGGACCCAAGACAUGUACGAGACUAUUUUCAACCAGAUGGAGAGAUUGGGUGUUGACACCUCGUUGGCCAAGCCUGCCUACCAGUCCCCAUAUAAGUUCAUCAAGUCCCACCCUUGGGGCACCGACCCAAGAAGGGCUAUCAGUAUGGCCUACGCAGAGGUGCAAAGAAAGCUUUCCAUCACUGGUCUCUGUCUCUGUGUCCCAAUUCUUGUUUGGGUCCUCUUAUUGAGAGACCAUAGAUUGGCUGACGCCCAGAACUUGGACGAUGAAGCAAUGCUCGCCGAAGGUAAGGAAUCCAAUGGUGCUGAGCGCAGCAGGUCUCAGGUUGCAUUUACCAACGAUAAAGACUACAUUCUUGACUUUAUCAAGAAGCUUUUCGGAAGAAAGUAA